AUAAAGGUAUAUAAUCACAAUAAACCGCGAAAAUGAUACCGAAACACAUUCUGCUAUUGUUUUCAUAAAACAGCUGUUGACAAAACUAUUCAUAUAUGUGGCAACAAAGUUUAAUCAUAAUAAAGCGAUGGCCGAAUUAAGAAUUUUAAAAUAUUCAAUUCAUCAAAGUUCUAGUCACUCUACUCCAUUUAUACCAGAAAACAUCUUAACGGAUAAUCCUAAUGAUGGAACUUCCCGAUGGUCAUCAGAAACUAACAAUCCGCCACAGUUUUUAAUAUUAAAGCUUUACAAUCCAGCUGUGGUUCAAAUAAUUAGUUUUGGAAAAUAUGAAAAGAGUCAUGUAUGUAAUAUGAAAAAAUUCAAAGUGUAUGGAGGUCUUGCUGAUGAUAGUAUGAUCGAACUUCUUGAUGGGGGACUAAAAAACAACAAUCAAACGGAGUGCUUCAAUCUAAAAUACAUUGCUGGUGAAAACAUGUUUGCUUGUCGAUAUAUAAAAAUAGUACCUAUUCAGUCAUGGGGUCCAAGUUUUAAUUUUAGUAUCUGGCAUGUCCAGCUUCAGGGUAUUGAAGAUUGGGAUUUUGUAAAGCCAUGUGUUAGUUGGUUCAAUUUUUAUCGAGAAAGAGAAGCGAUCAGGCUUUGCUUGAAACAUUUUCGACAGCACAACUAUACGGAGGCUUUCGAAUCUUUACAGAAAAGGACCUGUGUACAACUAGAAGAUACCUUGUUAACAAAAUUGCAUCAAUGUCUUGUAAUUGAUGGAGACUAUAUGGCUGCUGAGAAGUUGUUGAUCAGUGCAGUUCACGAUGGUUGCUUAGAUAAUUACCUAGAUCAACAAACACAUAAAGCAAAAUGGGUUCCUAUAAUACCAGAGCCAAAAAUUCCAGAAACUGAAGGUUCAAAGCCAGGUAUGAGAGGUGGUCAUCAGAUGUGUAUUGAUGUUCAUACAGAAAAUAUUUACUUAUUUGGAGGAUGGGAUGGUACAUCAGAUCUCUCUGAUUUAUGGUGUUAUCAUAUACCUUCUGGUACGUGGAACUGUCUGUCCCGGGACACAACAUGUCAGGGUGGUCCUACUCCUCGUUCAUGCCACAAAAUGUGCCUUGAUCCUGAAAGAAAAAAGAUAUUUGUUAUCGGCCGCUACCUUGAUUCCCAAAUGCGAGUGCCAAAAUAUUUAAAGAGUGAUUUCUUUGUGUAUGACAUUGAUUCUAAUCAGUGGACUUUAAUUACUGAUAACACGGCUGAGAUGGGUGGUCCAAGAUUAGUGUUUGACCAUCAAGUUUGCAUGGAUGUUGAAAAGAACACAUUAUAUGUGUUUGGUGGAAGAAUAUUAGUGAGUAAUAGUACCUCAUCUAGUGAUGAAAACGUUUGUCCUGAACCCAUGUUUAGCGGUUUAUACUCUUACCAUGUUCCUACCAAUACUUGGACUAAACUUCGAGAUGAUUAUCCUAAGCCCAGAAGAUUUGACUUUGAAAUUAAGUCAAGAAUUGGUCAUUCAAUGCUUUUCCAUGAGAAAUCCCGCUUACUCUAUAUAUUUGCUGGGCAAAGAGCCAAGGAGUAUUUAAGUGAUUUCUUUACCUAUAAUGUUGACAGUGACAGAAUAGAUUUCAUAUGUGAUGGAUCAGAUAAUGAACUUCCUCCUGCUGGUUUUACCCAAAGGGCUACUAUUGAUCCAGAACUUAAUGAAAUUCAUGUGUUAUCUGGUUCAAAUAAAGAUAAAAGAGAUGAGCAUGUAAAAAAUUCUUUUUGGAUUUAUGAUAUAAGUCACAAUAAAUGGUCUUGUGUUUAUCAAAGUGAAGUUCGAGAAAAUGACUCUGCUUCCCAAAAUGCUCAACCUUCUGAACCGUGCCCACGUUUUGCCCAUCAACUAGUCUACGACCAUGUGAAAAAAGUGCAUUAUUUGUUUGGUGGUAAUCCUGGUAGACUGCAUUCUCCAAAAAUGCGUUUAGAUGAUUUUUGGUCACUUCACCUAUUCCGCCCAACCAAAGAAAUGCUUUUGCGUCAGUGUUGCAGAAUCAUUCGACAACACAAAUUUCAAGAAAUAGCCUCAGUAGAUCAAAUUGCAGCCCUUCAGUAUUUACAAACAGAGCUCGCCAGUACUGUUGAUCAUCAAAAUUCUGAAGAAACAAAAGAAUUUCAGCUUUUAGCAUUCAACUUAUUUAAGGAAAAAGAAAAAGAAGCCAAAGAUGAACUGAGUGUGGAUGAAACUUUUAAACGAAGGAGCCAACUUUUUGAACAAUUGACAGAGUUCUUCCCUGAUUCCAUGACUCAACCAAAAAGUAAUCUCAUUGAUUUGAUAUCACUGUGAAGCUCUUCAUCUUUGUAUAUAUUCAAUUAGCCUAUCUGGAUUUGGCUCUGUUUGUGCCAAUUGUAUAUUUCCUGUACAUUAUCAACCGUAGAGAUGUGCCUUCUAUUUUUGGAAAUCGUUCACUUUAUUUGAAGAAGAAAAAAAAGAAGCUGGUGAAAUAAAAUUUUAUCUCCUAUUAUUA